AUGGAGACACUACCAACAGGGCCAUUGCUCCCCUAUGGCUAUCUGCCUGUUGGCCUUGUGCUGCCUGACACUGUGAUCCCGUCACUCUUAGCGGAAGCCAAGGCGCGUUCGUACAACGGUGUCUUCAAUCGCGUUGGAGGUGAAGACGACAACUUCCGACAGCAAUCACGCGUGAACCCUCGCUCCAUGUCGUCGUCGCUACAAGAGUCGAGCAAGGCUCUGAAGAUGGUGGUUGCCAUGCCGCAUCCUGGGAGCCCCACCAAGACUAUCAAGAGAGUGACUUGGUAA